AGUGACGAUCAUCCGCGGUUACUCCCUCUAUGAAGUCACAUCGCAACACUCGCUGGAGAUAUUCACACCGAAACUACGGUUUGUCGAUAAGAGCCCAACGCCGCACAACAUAUCCCAUUCUAAUUCUUCAACCUUUUCUAGACUUUCAAGCUUUUGACACAGAAACGUCAGCGCACUGAUGGAAUUUCACGCUCCGGACCCAGUGCAACUGCAUGCACGCUUACGGCCGAACGGUCUGGCCUGCAUUGAUGUCGCAACCAACCGCCGGUGGACGUAUGCGGAACUGAACGCCGACAUCCAACGCGCAACCGCGGUCCUAUCCGAGCAAGGGGUCCAGAUCGGUGACAGAGUGGCGACCAUAUCGGUCAAUAAUGUCCAUCAGAUCAUUCUGCAACAAGCACUGAUGAGGCUGGGCGCAAUCCAUGUCCCGCUGAACUGGCGCCUCGCCCGGCCCGAACUCGCGAAACUGUUGGCCGACUGCACCCCGACCAUUCUCUUCACAGAUCACGAAGACCCACCGGCGCUGCCUCUUGGCUGUCGCCACAUUGGAUUUUCGACAUUCUGUGUAAGCGUGGAUGCUGCAGAGCCUGGGCCCCGGUUGAGUGCGCGGCCUCUGCACGAGACGUGCAUCAUUCUUUACACAUCCGGAACCUCUGGGGCGCCCAAGGGGGUCAUGUUGACCGGCCAGAGUAUCUUGGCGACGACUUUCAACUUUAGCAUCUUGACAGAAAUCGAUACGGGUAGCGUCUUCUUGUGCGACGGCCCCAUGUUCCACUUCAUGGGGCUCAUCGCCCAGAUAUGGCCUUCACUGAUGCGAGGUGGCGCCCUCAUUGUCUCUUCCAAAUUUCAACCCGAAACGACCAAUGCCCGCCUGAGCGAUGCCGACCUCGGCGUCACUCACUACUUUUGCGUGCCUCAGAUGGCCGAGGCUCUUGCCGGUGCAUCAAAUUUCAACCCAUCAGCAUGGUCAGCCUUGAAGGCGCUCUUCACAGGUGGUGCGCCCAACCCUCCAGCUAGGAUCAAGUGGUGGCUGAGUCGCGGGGUCCGAAUGGUGGAUGGCUAUGGAUCGACUGAAAUGGGGACUUGUUCUGGAAUGCCGCUGUCAGCAGAGCUUAUCAGCAGCAAGGCCGGUUCAGUGGGUCUUCCGGGCCCGUUGACGGCGGUCCGAGUUGUGGACGGAGGUGGCCAGGAAGUUCCCGUCGGUGAGCCUGGUGAGAUCUUAAUUUCGGGCCCGAGCGUUACGCCGGGCUAUUGGAACAGACUAGACGACAAUAUGGCCGCCUUCACUGAAGACGGCUGGUUCCGAACUGGUGAUAUCGGGCGGGUCGACGAGGAUGGAUACGUUUUUCUUAUUGACAGGCGCAAGAACAUGUUCAUAUCUGGGGGAGAGAACGUGUAUCCCGCAGAAGUUGAGGCUGCCCUGGCUGAACAUCCUGGUGUGUUGGAUGCUGCAGUUGUAGGCGUUCCGGAUCAGCUCUGGGGGGAAGCCGGGCGUGCCUAUGUCAUUGUAGCACCAAACUCUCAGCUGACUCACGGGGAUUUGGUCAGCCAUUGUCAGUCACUAAUUGCUCGGUUCAAGAUUCCAAGAGAGACUGUCUUUGUCGGGAGCUUUCCACGUACAGGGUCAGGAAAGGUCCAAAAGCAUAUGUUAACUGAGGACUCUGUAGCAAGACUUUAAGUUUCAAGUUCACUUCGUUCAAAGUCUUUGCAACAUCAAAAUGUUGGUAGCAAUUACACCAAAAGUAAGAGACUCAAAAACCUUUAAGAUCGCUCUGA